CUGAAGUAAGGACACUUUACAGCUUUGAAAGGUGUUGGUAGACGAGUUGUUUUGAAAACAUUCGGUUUGUAAAACGUGGUACAUAUCACAUUUUUAAGUGAGUGCAAAAUAUUCUUUACAUUUUGUGUUUUUUUAUUAAGUUAAAAAUGGAUGUCGGGGAAUUACUUAAUUACAAGCCCGCAAAAGAACCUAAACGAGGCAAUGCAGAUGAUGAAAAUGAAGUAGAAGUUCGCCCUCGAUCAAAAAGACUGAUUACUGUUCCAGAAUCCAUUCAUCAUGAAAGGCGGCCUUUGAAAAUGCCGAAAUUACAAGAUGAUAACAAAGAGAAUCUGAAACAAGAUACUGAACCCGAAGUAGAACUUCCUGAGGCUGAAACUGAUGGUGGCGUGCUUGAUGACACUAGCUUAAAAAAGCUACUGCUAGCUUUUGAUAAAAAGGUAUUAAAAAAUCAGGAACUGCGGAUUAAGUUUCCUGAUCAACCAGAAAAGUUUAUGGAUUCUGAAAUCGAAUUGAACGAUAUAAUUUUAGAAAUGCACAUUAUUGCUACACAGCCUGAUUUGUAUCACAUUUUGGUAGAGCUGAAUUCUGUUUCCACCAUUCUUGGCCUUCUUACUCAUGAUAAUACUGAUAUAUCGAUUGCUGUUGUUGACUUAUUACAGGAAAUGACAGAUAUUGAUACAUUGAAUGAGAGUGAAGAAGGUGCGUCAACAUUGAUUGAUGCUAUGCUGGAAGCUCAAGUCAUUGCAUUACUAGUUCAGAAUCUUGAGCGUUUAGAUGAAGCAAUCAAAGAAGAAGCAGAAGGUGUUCAUAAUACUUUGGCCAUAAUUGAAAAUUUGGCAGAAUUCAAAGUAGAUAUGUGUGUUGAUGCAACUCAACAAGGUUUAAUGCAAUGGAUUUUAAAAAGAAUAAAAGCUAAGAUGCCAUUUGAUGCAAACAAAUUAUAUUGUAGUGAAAUCUUAUCAAUUUUAGUUCAGCGUCAUGAUGAGAACAGACAGUAUUUAGGAGAAAUAGAAGGAAUUGAUGUAUUGUUACAACAAUUAGCUUACUUUAAGCGACAUGAUCCUUCAAACUCUGAGGAACAUGAGAUGAUGGAAAAUCUUUUUGACUGUUUAUGUUCAUCUCUGAUGUAUGCAGCUAAUCGGGAAAAAUUCUUGAAAGGAGAGGGUUUGCAGCUGAUGAACCUCAUGCUUAGAGAAAAGAAAAUGUCUCGAAAUGGUGCACUGAAGGUUCUUGACCAUGCUAUGUGCAAUGCGGAAGGUGCUGAUAAUUGUAAUAAAUUUGUAGAUAUUUUGGGCUUGCGAUCAAUCUUUCCACUCUUCAUGAAAACUCCAAAGAAAAACUGGAAAAAAGGUUUAUCUGUAGAACAGCAUGAAGAACAUGUGUGCUCUAUUAUAGCUUCUAUGCUUAAAAAUUGUAAAGGUACUCAAAGACAAAGGUUGUUGAAUAAAUUCACUGAAAAUGAUCAUGAGAAAGUCGAUAGGCUAAUGGAAUUACAUUUUAAAUAUCUUGAUAAAGUUCAUCAUAUUGAUCUUCAGAUUGAGAAAGAAAAGUCCAAAAUGAAUGAGGAAGAAAUAGAUUCAAGCAUGGAGGAGGAGUUUUAUUUGCGACGUUUAGAAGGAGGAUUGUUCACAUUGCAGUUAAUUGAUUAUAUCAUGGUUGAUACAUGCUGUUCUGGACCAUCUUCUAUCAAACAGAGAGUGCUACAAAUUUUGAACUUGAGAGGUGGUUCUAUUAAAACUAUUAGAAAUGUUAUGAGAGAAUAUGCAGGAAAUAUGGGUGAUGCUAACGAUGCUUCUGUUCGAGAAGCUGAGCAGCAGCGAUUACUUCAUUUUGUUGAUCGUUUUUAAAUUGCCAAUCAAAUGCAGUUUCCAUUUUUUGAAAUACAGAAAACGUUUUUGCUGAAAAUGGAUGUAUGUAUAUAGGUAAUGUAAUAUGAUGGUUUUUAUUAUUCCAUGCUUGUUAUUAUUAUUUUUUUUAUUCUUAAGUAAAAUACAUAUCCUAUGUAUAGAAAUAGUGUAUUUCUACACUGUAAGUUUAUUAUCUUAUAAAUUACGUUACUAAAAAUAAAUAAUGUGUACAUAAAAGUA